GGGGAGAGCGCAGCUCUGAGGGCGCACGGAGCGCAUGGCACUGCGUCUUUAAGGUGCACCGUCUGUAUGUGAGCCUGCGAGCCCCUCCCUCCUCUUCCUCUCCUCACUGGAAAGAGCGGCUCUCAGAGAAUGAUCUGCAGAGCUGCCAGGGUGGGCUGCCCGUCUGCUUUGUGUGCUGCUCCGUGCUAAUAGGAGCUGGCCUGAUGCGCCGCAGCCCCGGGAACUAGUGACAGAGAAGCCUCGGCGCCUUCUUCCAUCGCUGCAGACUGCAAACUAAAAAGACACCCAUCAAAGGAGGGAGCAAAUCAGUGCGUUUCCUCUGCAGACCCCCCUCCCUUCCCAUGCCUGGCUGAAGGAGAGCCUGACAAAGACGGACCUGAGUGCUGCUCGCUUCAACCCCAAUCUAAGAGCUGGAGGAUGGCUGACCGCAGCCUGGACAGUGUGUCCCUUCCCCUGGAGGUGAGAGCCAGGCUGGCAGAGCUGGAGCUGGAGCUGUCUGAAGGUCAUCCAUGUAUCUCGGGUCCCUCAGCAAUGAGAUGGCAUGGGAGGUCUUGGAAAACAGCAGCAUUAUGUGACAUCACACAGAAAGGUUAUGAAAAGAAAAGAUCGAAAUUAAUAGGAGCCUAUCUGCCUCAGCUACAAGGGGUGGAUCAAGUACUACCACCAGAACGUAGAACUCCCGUCACCCCUUCCUCUUCCUCUAGAUAUCAUCGCCGGCGCUCCUCAGGCUCAAGAGAUGAACGCUAUCGAUCUGAUGUACAUACAGAAGCAGUCCAGGCAGCCCUCGCCAAACAUAAAGAAAGAAAAAUGGCUGUACCCAUGCCAUCGAAACGACGCUCUCUUGUGGUGCAAACGUCAAUGGAUGCAUACACCCCCCCAGAUACCUCUUCAGGGUCAGAGGAUGAAGGUUCAGUACAAGGGGACUCCCAGGGAACCCCCACCUCAAGCCAAGGAAGUAUAAACAUGGAGCACUGGAUUAGCCAAGCAAUCCAUGGGUCAACCACAUCAACCACUUCUUCCUCUUCAACCCAGAGCGGGGGCAGCAGUGCCGCGCACCGAUUAGCAGAUGUCAUGGCCCAGACACACAUAGGAAAUAGGAGGACAGAUGGACAGUACCACAUUGUGCAUUCCACCAAGGAACACUUUCAAAAUGAGUCUUGUGACACAAGCGGUCGCGGCUUUUUCUUAACGUCAAACGGACAGAAUCAGGCGAGUGCUAAAGGUGCUUCUUGCCAUUGGCAAAGCACACCUAAAAAUGAAAACCAUUCAGCCCCUCCAGAUGUUACCACAUACACCUCAGAGCACUCCAUACAAGUAGAAAGACCACAGGGAUCAACAUCGCGGGCAACCUCCAAAUAUGGUAACGCCGAACUUAUGGAAACGGGAGAUGGGGUUCCUGUAAGCAGUAGAGUGUCCGCUAAAAUCCAGCAACUUGUCAACACAUUAAAAAGACCCAAACGGCCACCAUUACGAGAAUUUUUCGUUGACGAUUUUGAGGAGUUAUUGGAAGUCCAACAGCCAGACCCAAACCAGCCAAAACCAGAGGGAGCACAGAUGUUAGCCAUGCGAGGAGAGCAGCUGGGAGUAGUCACAAACUGGCCGCCUUCAUUAGAAGCAGCACUACAGCGAUGGGGAACCAUAUCACCUAAAGCGCCCUGCCUUACCACUAUGGAUACAAAUGGAAAACCACUCUACAUACUGACAUAUGGAAAACUAUGGACCAGAAGUAUGAAGGUGGCCUACAAUAUACUGCAUAAACUGGGAACUAAGCAGGAGCCGAUGGUCAGGCCUGGAGACAGGGUGGCCCUCGUUUUUCCAAAUAAUGACCCUGCUGCGUUUAUGGUAGCGUUUUAUGGCUGUCUAUUAGCUGAAGUUGUUCCCGUUCCCAUUGAAGUGCCACUUACAAGGAAGGAUGCAGGAAGCCAGCAGAUUGGUUUUUUGCUAGGAAGCUGUGGGGUUACUGUGGCCUUGACUAGUGAUGCCUGUCAUAAAGGACUGCCAAAGAGUCCUACGGGGGAGAUACCACAAUUUAAAGGUUGGCCAAAGUUGCUUUGGUUUGUCACAGAAUCAAAACACCUAUCCAAGCCUCCUCGUGAUUGGUUUCCACAUAUCAAAGAUGCAAAUAAUGACACUGCCUACAUAGAGUAUAAAACGUGUAAAGAUGGCAGCGUGCUAGGAGUGACGGUGACGAGAAUAGCGCUCCUCACACAUUGCCAGGCCCUCACACAAGCCUGUGGAUACACGGAAGCGGAAACCAUUGUGAAUGUUCUGGAUUUCAAGAAAGACGUGGGGCUUUGGCACGGAAUCCUGACGAGUGUCAUGAACAUGAUGCACGUCAUCAGCAUCCCGUACUCGCUCAUGAAAGUCAAUCCCUUGUCCUGGAUCCAGAAAGUUUGCCAGUACAAAGCAAAAGUUGCGUGCGUGAAGUCAAGGGACAUGCACUGGGCCCUGGUUGCCCAUCGGGAUCAGAGAGACAUUAACCUCUCCUCGUUACGCAUGUUGAUUGUGGCUGAUGGAGCAAAUCCUUGGUCCAUUUCUUCUUGUGACGCUUUCCUCAAUGUCUUCCAAAGUAAGGGCCUGCGGCAAGAAGUCAUUUGUCCUUGUGCCAGUUCACCAGAGGCUCUUACUGUGGCCAUAAGGAGGCCGACUGAUGACAGCAACCAGCCUCCAGGAAGAGGGGUGUUAUCAAUGCAAGGACUCACCCACGGAGUCAUUAGGGUGGACUCAGAAGAAAAGCUGUCUGUUCUCACCGUGCAAGAUGUUGGGACAGUGAUGCCUGGUGCUAUUAUGUGCUCGGUGAAGCCUGAUGGGAUUCCACAGCUAUGUCGGACGGAUGAGAUAGGGGAGCUGUGUGUGUGCGCGCUCGCUACAGGCACAUCCUAUUAUGGUCUGUCCGGUAUGACCAAGAACACCUUUGAGGUUUUCCCAAUGACCAGCUCAGGAGCACCAAUAAGUGAAUAUCCAUUCAUAAGGACUGGCCUUCUUGGAUUUAUCGGACCAGCUGGGCUGGUCUUUGUUGUGGGAAAAAUGGACGGCCUGAUGGUUGUGAGUGGACGGAGACACAAUGCUGAUGACAUCGUAGCAACGGCACUAGCAGUGGAACCAAUGAAAUUUGUCUACAGAGGAAGGAUAGCCGUCUUUUCUGUGAAUGUCCUGCACGAUGAGAGGAUAGUUAUUGUUGCGGAGCAGAGGCCGGACUCCACAGAGGAGGACAGCUUCCAGUGGAUGAGCAGAGUUCUUCAGGCAAUUGAUAGUAUACAUCAAGUGGGAGUCUACUGUCUAGCUCUAGUACCAGCAAACACACUUCCCAAAACCCCUUUAGGUGGCAUUCACCUGUCGGAGACCAAGCAACUGUUCCUCGAGGGGUCACUCCAUCCGUGCAAUGUGCUCAUGUGUCCUCACACGUGUGUGACGAACCUUCCUAAACCAAGACAGAAACAGCCAGAAAUUGGCCCUGCCUCUGUGAUGGUGGGGAACCUGGUCUCUGGUAAGAGGAUCGCACAGGCCAGUGGAAGGGAUCUGGGACAGCUAGAAGACAAUGAUCAGGCCAGAAAGUUCUUAUUUUUGUCUGAAGUUCUGCAAUGGAGAGCUCAAACGACUCCCGAUCAUGUGCUUUAUACAUUAUUAAACUCAAGGGGAACAAUAGCCAGCUCUCUGACCUGUAGCCAGUUACAUAAACGGGCUGAGAAAAUUGCAGUAAUGUUGAUGGAAAGGGGACACUUACAAGAUGGAGAUCAUGUGGCUCUUGUGUAUCCUCCAGGAAUAGAUCUGAUUGCAGCAUUUUAUGGCUGCCUUUAUGCUGGUUGUGUGCCAAUAACAGUGCGACCGCCACACCCACAGAACAUUGCAACAACGCUGCCUACGGUGAAGAUGAUUGUUGAGGUGAGUCGUUCCGCCUGCCUAAUGACUACGCAACUCAUUUGUAAACUGUUACGGUCAAGGGAAGCAGCAGCAGCCGUGGAUAUUAGAACGUGGCCUCCCAUCCUGGAUACUGAUGACUUGCCAAAGAAAAGACCAUCCCAAAUCUACAAACCCUCAGACCCGGAGACAUUGGCUUACCUUGAUUUUAGUGUAUCUACAACUGGAAUGCUUGCUGGGGUAAAGAUGUCCCAUGCAGCCACUAGUGCCUUCUGUCGAUCCAUUAAACUUCAGUGUGAGCUCUAUCCUUCCAGAGAGGUGGCUAUUUGUCUGGAUCCUUACUGUGGACUGGGCUUUGUCCUAUGGUGCCUCUGUAGCGUAUAUUCAGGACACCAGUCUAUUCUGAUUCCUCCCUCAGAGCUGGAGAUCAAUCCUGCCUUGUGGCUUCUCGCUGUGAGUCAGUACAAAGUGAGAGACACAUUUUGUUCCUACUCUGUAAUGGAGCUUUGUACCAAGGGACUUGGCUUGCAGACUGAAUCCCUAAAGGCAAGGGGCUUGGACCUCUCUAGAGUACGAACAUGCGUGGUAGUGGCUGAGGAGCGCCCUCGUAUCUCUCUAACACAAUCAUUCUCCAAAUUAUUUAAAGACCUUGGUCUGCACCCAAGGGCCGUAAGCACAUCAUUUGGCUGCCGUGUUAACCUAGCCAUAUGUUUACAGGGAACAUCCGGACCAGAUCCAACAACUGUGUAUGUGGAUAUGAGAGCAUUACGACAUGACCGGGUCCGUUUGGUAGAAAGAGGAUCUCCACACAGUUUGCCUCUCAUGGAAUCAGGAAAAAUCCUUCCAGGUGUUCGAAUCAUAAUUGCAAAUCCAGAAACAAAGGGACCACUGGGAGACUCUCAUCUUGGUGAGAUUUGGGUUCACAGCGCUCACAAUGCCAGCGGAUACUUCACAAUUUAUGGAGAUGAGUCCUUGCAGUCUGAUCACUUUAGUUCGAGGCUUAGCUUUGGAGACACGCAAACUGUCUGGGCAAGAACGGGUUACCUGGGAUUCUUAAGAAGAACGGAGUUAACGGAUGCAAAUGGUGAACGACAUGAUGCUCUUUAUGUGGUUGGGGCGCUGGAUGAAGCAAUGGAGCUACGAGGGAUGAGAUAUCACCCGAUUGAUAUAGAAACAUCGGUGAUUAGAGCCCACAAGAGUGUUACAGAAUGUGCUGUCUUUACCUGGACAAAUUUGUUGGUCGUCGUUGUAGAACUUGAUGGCUCUGAACAAGAAGCCUUGGAUCUGGUACCACUAGUCACCAACGUGAUAUUGGAGGAACAUUAUCUUAUUGUAGGCGUGGUCGUAGUGGUGGACAUUGGUGUCAUUCCUAUCAACUCCCGUGGAGAGAAACAGCGUAUGCACCUACGAGAUGGGUUUUUGGCAGAUCAGCUGGACCCCAUAUAUGUGGCCUACAACAUGUAGUCUUGUAAUUAUAAAGGCUUCCAUGGACUUCACAAUAGAUGUAUACAUUUUUUGUGUCCACAAAAACAAAACAAAAAAAUCCACAAAAAAAUGCCAAACUUGCAAAUAGGGGGUUUAAUUUUUGUUCUGAAUGGAGCAGUUUUUGUCAUUUUAACUUUCCAAUUUCUCAAAAUUGGGCAGACAGAAUGUGAAAUGUGCUUUUGUUUUUACCACUACAUUUUUUAAGGUACUUUGCUGCCUCAGUUUAACAGGCUGAGAACUAUACAGGUCUCCAUUGUACGAAGACCCUUGUGUGACCCUCAGCUUUUAUUAUUAUUAUUAUUUUAAAUGGCAGUUUUUAAAGCGAGAAAAAAGUUUUUUUUGUCUUUUUUUUGUUGCUAGACUGACCCCAUUGUUUUCAUUAUGUAGCUGUGUACUUUAUGAAGGAUUAUCUUUAAAUGGAAUGAAAUAGGCUAAAAAAAAUGUUUACGGUGACAGGAUUGUUACAGGGUUCCCAUCUGUGUGUCGGAGACAAUUGGAUCUAGUCCUUUUAUUUCCGAAAUGAAAAAGGGUACGAAAACACACAAAAAAAAAUCCAAUUUCAGAAUGACACACAAGGAUCGAAAUCACAGUUUUAGCUUUUUGGGUACUGGAUUGAAGCCAAAGUUUGUAAGCUGCUAAUCUGCCCAGUGAUUUAAUCCCUUGAUAUCAGAGUUUUAUUAUUAUUAUUUCUCCGUCAGAUACGGCAAGAAAAGAUUACUGGUUGCGAACCAUCGAGGGCAGUGGGCCUUCUGCAACCAAAACCAGACUACUGUAGAAAGUCUUUAUUUAAUAGUUUUUGCCUCCUUGGGGGUGAAGAAUGACCGAUUGAGGUUAUGUAUUGUAACCUAGCAAUCUAAUUUCUCUAACCCCAUGACAGUCUACAUAGUAAUUCCUAAGUAAGCACACAAAUAAAAAUAAAAAAAAUGGCUGUUCAUCUCAGAUUGAGAGUAAUGUAACUAGCGAUUGUUUAAAAAAAAUAGUAUGCAUUAGGUGGACUUUGGCAAGUAUCUUUGUACUGAACUAAAAAGAUAAAAUAAGUUAACUCUCCAUAUGUAAUUAUGUAUAAAAUGUUUAAUUUAUUUUGAUCUCUUUAGAAGUAUAAAACAAAAACGGCAUUCAAGAAAGUCAAGUUCUUGUAAUGUUAGCUAAUAUAAAAAAAAAACGUUGUAUUAUCUUGAGUGGAUAGUAUCACAUCAAAUAUAUAUAUAUGAAAUUAUAAAUUCACUAAUGGGUUAUGCGGGAAGGGAUAUAUUUUAAUGUUUACGAUGCAGUACGUGUCACUUGCAUGGUGUCUCCCACUGUAUAUAACUGGGUGUUCUUCACAAUCUUUGUUCGAAAAAAAACUGCAAUCGUGGAUUGCCUCUGUUCCCGUAUACAAGACGACUCUAGAUACCAGCAAGUGGAUUUUAAAGACCAUCCUUUAGAUGGUGUACAAAACUUAUGUCUGAAAUGCACUAUCAUUUUUUUUCCUUUCUCCUAGAGAAGCAACCGUAGAUACAAUUGUACAAUGUGUGUGCUGAUCGGAGGAUGCAUUUGAUAAUAUGUAAAAAGAAAAAAAAAGAAAAAAAAAAUCAUGUUGAGGAAAGAAGUGGUGUUCAGAAAUUCAGAGUUGUGUCGUCAUCAUCCUUGUUCAGAAAUGUGCUGCCUCACAUCUUCCAUGGGCAUUCAGUGUCGUCUGCAUUGUAACGAUAUGUAGAAAAAACAACAGAUUUUUAAUUUACGCAGAUUUUCAAGACCAAAUUUUGAAGCCCCAUGAAUUUUAAAUUAAAAGCCACCUAACGAUGAAAAGGCAUUAAUCAUGGUUAUUUGUAUGUGUCGAAGAGGCUCCAUCCAUUCGUUUACAUGUCCAAUGUUCUGCGAAUACCAAGUGCACCAUUGCUGCCUCGUCCUAAAUUCUGUGUAAGGUUAUUUUGUUCUGACCUCAGAAAUGACAAAAAGUGACUUUUUUUUGUAAUUGUGUCCAAUGUAGAAAAUACAGAAAGUCUUUUAUCUUCUCACAGGGUAACAAAUAAAAAGAACUUUGGAUCCAGUCAUUUAUCUUUAAGAGAAUCUGUAACGGCAGACAGGCCUCGCUCACCAUGGAAGUCUGCCAGCCGAUAGUAGGGAGCCUGCAGCUUCUGACCGCAGAAACUAAAGUUUCAGUAAAGUUUCAAGUGUAUUGUCUCCAGCGAUUUCUAAUCUAUAGGAAAGCACUGGCACAUUGGUUGUAAACUGCAGCUUCUGUGUCAUAAGCAGGCAGAUUUCCACGCACUGUCAGGUCAGAGUCAAGGGUUUAUUAGUAAAAGUUACAGAAGAGUAUAUAAGGCAGAUACAUGAAAGCUGGAAAACCCUCUGCAACCAUUGCUUAAGUAUAUAGAAAAUGAAGAAUGACAUAACUUUGCAAAUAGCCCUGGUUAAAAAAUCUCCUAUAGUUUUGUGCCAACAGCUUCUAUGAAGACCUAUUUGUUUCCAUGGUAACAGACUACAAACCUGUUUCGUCUUGUAGUCAUACUCCCUUCCAUUCAUCUCGUUUUCUUGCUAGCUCACUGAAAAUAGGGAGCUGGAUGACUGCAGGAUCAUACUACACAGGGUUUGUAUAGACACAAAACUGCUGAUUUUUAAUGGCGAUUAUUAGCAAAGUUGCUUUGUUUUUUAGAUGCAUUGGAGCAAUUAUAAUAAUUGGUUUUUAAAGGUCUAGAUAGCUGUUAGAAAGAAAACUCAGUUUGGCUCUAAACACUUUGUUGUGGAAUUCUGUGAUGAUACUCGUAUUUGCAGAUAAGCUUUCAGUACUGAGCUGGUAGUUGCAGUAAUUCCUGCGGCCGUCCUCCCCUGCUGACUACAGACACAGAUUUUUGUAUGGAGGUCCUCAGAGCUGCUUUAGUUGUCUGCAGGAUCCCGUAAUACCCUGCUGGCAGUCUAUAGUUCACGGAGCAUGGGCAGCCCCUGUCAUUUUUAAAUCAAGAGUAUAUCUCGAAAGAAAGUAUAAUAAAAAGCAGUUUCCUAAUAUUUAGUGAAAGUGCGGCUUCUGCAUGCACCGUAUGCUUCCAGUAAGGACAAUGUUCCCAUAGUGAAAAAUCUGUUCCUGAAUCUACAGAGUGUUUUGGAGAUGAUAAGCAUCUCUCUAGCAAUUAAAUUGAUAGAAAUUAAAGGCACCCCCAGUUUUGUACACGCUUCGGGCAUCUCUUUCACAAACUAAAUGUCCUAUUUUUAACACUUUGUUGCUUUUAAAACCAACAUUUCUUAAUGUCUCCUUCCAUCUGGAUAUUGAAGCGCCAACAUAGAGAACGCCAAAUCCCCCUGCAUAGAUGUAGAAUUAAAGGUCCCUUCUGUUGUCCUUUCUAACGGCAGCAUGGUAUUGUGACACUAUGAGUUCAGCGUCAUUAACAUUAAGUCGUUUUUAAGAACUCACAGGUUAACAUGUGCCGAGUACCAUGUAUUCAUAAUAUACCCCCCAGCUUUCUCUGUAUUACUAUGCAUUUGGAGAAACCUGUAAAUCAGAGGCUGUAGGGUGGGGUAAAGCACAGAUCCCAUGAAUACAUCGGACUCCUUCCUUCACACCAGACUCCUCGUUGGCCACACUGUCUGAACUUUAACUUGUAAGUACGGAAAAACUA